AUGGUUACAGUAGAGCCAGGCUUCAAUUCGGAAUUCUACCGCAUGGAUUGCAAUUGGGUUAGUUUCAUCCUUAUAUAGUUUACGCAACGUUGAUAUUGCGAGCUUUUGUAUUUCGUAUCUAAAACAACUACCUAACAUAACAGUGUCACCCAAAAAAGUACAAAUCUUGGUGGCUUACAACGCUUUGUGUCGGUCAUUCCACUGAAACCUUAGCCUGCAGUGCAGGCGUAUUUUGGGUGGGCGAAACCUUUCGUUCGUGUUCGUAAUAUUGUUGUAGCCGCCAUAUUUGAUUUAUGACAGUGGAAGAUUGGGCAGAGUAGAAAUAGUAUCCCUUACGGUAGGUGCGAGGGCGAAAGAAGGAAAGGAGGGGAGGGGGAGGGGAGAAAAAAAAUACGCCUGCCCGAUAUCAUUGUUCUUUUGGGAAGCUCCGUACGCUGGCAAACAGAGCUCCUGAUUGGUGCGGCGUAGGGAAGUAGAUUGAGGCCUGUCAAUUAACUGUAAGUCUAUAUUGUUUAUUCCGUUUCCGUCAGUCUUUUGGAAUUGGAGCGGCUGGGAAUGUCGCGUGUAUUACGCAAUGAGAAAGUCAAAGCUAUUUCUACAUUGGUCAUCAGGACAAGAUGUGCUCGUAGUACUAAAACCUACACCACUUUUACCUCAUGCCAAAGUGCUGCUUGUUUCAAUGGCUUUUUUUCUGGCGAGUAGAUUAUGCUCUAGAGGGUUCCAUGUUUUGACUGAGCAAAGGUGAUGUUAGCAGGCUUGUUUCACACUGAGAGGUCAUGACACGCUUAUUGAUUUUCUGUGGUUUUUGAAUUUCUGGUCUUCAUGAUUUGCCCUCUGACGCAAGAGCGUUUUCUUUGACCUCCUUUGAAGCGUAAAGCUCUUUUUGUCGCUAAAUAAGGCUGUUUGGUUCUUUAUUUUUGUCUAAAGUGCCUAAGGAUCUGACUAACUAAGCUAUUUUCUUUCUAGUCCGAGAAUGUGAUGUUUUCCUGCAAUGUUGUGUCACGCUGGGCCCAGCUCGUUAGUUUUUAAAAUUUUUUGCAGGAUGUUUUGAACUCCCACGGAUAGCGAUUUACAGAGAUGAAUUGAGAAGAAUGAAUUGCAGCUGAAACUGAAGCUUCAUCAGCUGUGGAGAAUUGAAUUGUUACUCAGUCAAGAUAAAAACAAUGAUAAACUCCAGCGUGUUUUUCUAAAGACAAUGCGAAUCUUUGGACUGGAACGACUGUUUGGUUGUUUUGUUAUUGUCGGCUACUCAUUUCCGGAGGAGCGGUCACGCGCGUGUAAUUAGGGGGUGUUUCUUAUUUUCACAGUGUUUUCGGGCAGGCGUUUUCUCUUCUCUCUCCCCGCCCCCUCCCCGCUCCCCUUGACUCGCCCCAUCUCCUCCUCUCUUCGGGAAGAUUCAACAUGGCGCUUUCGCGAGCAAAUUGCGGGCACAAAGAAAACGCCUGCACUGCAGGCUGCUGAAACCUCUGGAAAAUAUUAACUAACGAAUCUUUUUCCUUGCUCAUGUCUAUUCCUGUAAAAAAAAAAUCAUUGUAGUCCUAGAACUAUUUUUUUUCCAUUGGUUACCAUGCCAAUUUUCCAGAUUUAUCCUCAUUUAUACAUAUUUUCUUAACUGACAACGACGUCAAUAGUGAUUGUAAAAAGUUAAUAGUAAUAAUAAUAUAAUAAUAAUAAUAAUAAUAAUAAUAAUAAUAAUAAUAAUAGUAAUAAUAGUGGUAAAACAUCGUGGGUCCACCUGCUAAGUAAGACCAGUGCAGAGUGCAUAGCUCAAACUUUGAAACGUCUAAUAAACACCCUAGAAAGCACCCCAAUGAUUUGUUUGUAUUAAUAUAUCAAUUCUAAACUCGGCUGACAUAUUUUAAACAUAUUGCAUGGUUUACACAAAGGUUGAUUAAAACGGUUAUGUACGUGGUUUUAAAGGAGAUGCAGUAAGCCAUUCUUUCUCAAUCGGAGCGUUGCGUAUGAUUUUGAAAUUUUGUGUUCUCCAGUUCCACCAUCGCGUCAUAGUAAUCUCUUUUAUUAUGGUCGUCAAUUUUAAACUUUCCUGCUUCCUUUUUAGCUCAGCUAGUGUCCAGUUGGAGCUUGUCUCUUGGUAACAAAACAGCAACCAGCAUGAGAGUUUCUUGGAAUAAUCUAUCAGCAUUGCUGAGCCAAAGUGUUCUUCAUUAUAUAACUGUCAUAAAAAGUAGCGAUGGAAGCAUCGUGAAUGGAAAUAUCCUGCAAGGCAAUGCCACAUCUAACGUCCUCUAUGGGCUGUCGCCAUAUAUGGAAUAUCGACUCAAUGUUCUUGGUGUAAAUGAUAACGGAAAAGCUUACAAGAGUUCAGAGGCCACAGAGUGGACUGAGGAAUCAGGUAUAUUCAAAAAAAUAUAUUAUUGUUACCCAUGCCUGUCAAAGCCGAGUUUCUAACCCAUUUACAAAAGGCCUUCCACGAGUUGCCUUAAGCUUCUGUUUCAAAACGAGGCCAAAUGCAAAGCCAUUGUUAUAAAACGAUUUUUUAUUUUAUUUAAAAUAAAACUCCUUUUCGCAACAAAGAUUUUGCACUAAGCCUCGUUUUGAUAGUGAGAGUUUUCGGAUCUCUGAAAUGGCCUAUUAAUCUUCGAAAUCAAUCUCUUGUUGGAGAUAAGGUCUUUUAAAAUAGAUAUCACCUCAAAAUUGAUAAAAUUUGGAGGAAUUCUACGAGCUUUCAGCUUUAAAACGAGGUACAAUUUGCGUGAAUCGGAUAAAACUAGCGAACUUUACGCUCGGUUAACAGAGUACGAAAUUUGUCUAUUUGAGCAGCUUUUAACCACAAGGCCGGGUAGAUAGUCCCCUUGGUGGAGUGAGACGAUGACGUAUUUUGAGGCAUUGUUCUCAGCUCCGCCUCGCUUUGUUGUAGCUUCUGCCUUGACUCCUGUUCUAUCGCUCUCUCCCUCUUCCUAUUGUACUAUUGGAAAAACUGUUGUCUGGCCCAAAGGCUCGUCCCCGUAAGGAAUUGCAACAUCGUCAUAUUCAGCUUCUCCGCUCGCUCACGAAUUACGUUUGGUCAUAAUUUUUAACUUUUUCUUGGACGUUUUACUGGAUAUUCGGUACAAACCCAAGAAUAAAAUUUCAUCCCAAUUCGUCAGAAUCGACACAUGAUAUGCUUUAAGAGUGAGACAUCUUAUUUAGCCGGGAAGAUGAUGGUUCAACUAAGACUAAGCAACGACGAGAGCAACGAGAACGGCAAAGAAACAAAAAAACAGGUUUUGAUUAUUUAAACGAUAGUUUUGCAAAUGCAUCACGCUUUUUUGUACAUUUCUUUGCCGUCGUUGCACGACCACGACGUGAAACUUCCUAAUUUCACCUCGGUAGAGGACGUAAACACAAGACAAAGAUUCCCUAAUUCUUUUUAAACCUGGAUACACUCCUUCGGAAAAUAGCUCCACAAAAAAUCACCAACAUUUGACAAAUUGAACGAAAUGUGACAUUGAAAAAGAAUGAUGAAUAUUUGAACAACGUGGAUUCACUUUUUAAGAGACCCAAUCCCACAAGACGUGGAAGUCUGACAUGCGCACUGGGCAUUUUAAGGAGAACAAUGCCUCAAAAUACGUCGCUCGCCCCAGGUCCAAAAUGUCACGGCCUAAGAUAUUAAUCUAACAUAUUUAAAAGUCAGUAAAAAAUUCAGAUCUAUUUGAAAUCAAAAACAAUCUGAGGCAUCGUUUAUUAUAAGUUUAUUAUUAUUAUUAUUAUUAUUAUUAUUAUUAUUAUCAUCAUUGUUAUUAUUAUUAUUAUUAUUAUUUUAUUCAAAACAAAUUUGGGGUGAAAUGCACUUUUAAAACUCUUUCGGUGCGGAUGUCGAGCAUUCUCGACACGCGUUUUCGAGUUUCCCAGUGCGAAUGUCGAGUCUUCUCGACAUUGUAAACAAUCCCAGAGUACUUUUUAGAAAUGCAGUCUGUAUGGGGAUAUAUUCAAUGGAAUUGCCGGCAUACCCGUAGAUGCAGUUAGCGUGACUAGUUCUGACAUUUAUUGAUGGUCAACUAACGGCUGAGGCGAAAUUUUUGUGGAGGUUCGUAUUUCAGUCCGAGGAAAGAAGAAACGUGACAUCGACGCCAUGUUGAUUUUCCGUCGCAUCAUCAUGUCAAGGUUUUCUUUAAAUUUCGAAGUUCAUUUUAACAGGUACAGUCGUAAAGAAAGGCGUUGGAAGAAGUCACAUUUAUAAAAUUGCGAUUCAAGGCAAAGGUAAGCAUUUAUUUUAUCUUUUUGGCUGUGUUUUUAAUUAGAGGCAAUUGAAUAAGCACAUUCCUGAGUUGUUAGUUUGUACGUGUAAUUGUAAAAUUCACCCCGUGAUAAAUAUGCCGUCGCAUUAGCUGAAUAAAUUAUAUUCUGCGAUAUAGCAGCACGGAAAGCUUGUCUAUUGAAGAAAAUAAUCUUGUUUAGUUCUUUUGAACGGCUAUAGUGCCUUAAUUGGCGAGAAAGCUACUGUAAUGUAUUGUUUACACUCUGGGAGCUUUAAAAACGGCGUCAAGGCAUAUCAUGCCUAAGAGUGUGACUAGAUGACGUUUUGGAAGCUGUUCUGACUCCGACGUCGAUGAUGGUGAAUGUGAAUAGAGCGAUGGUGUUUUAAAAGAGAGCGAGUCAUUGAGUUCUCAUGACCAUGGUGAGGUUUCGGAUGAAUCUAUGAAUGUGGAAACUGAAGACGCCAUGGCAGCGUCUCCUGCUUGUUCUCCUCCAAGGCAAAGACAACUUGUUUAGGAAGACGCGGCUUUCUAUAACGAUUUAGAUCACAGCUGGAUUCCCCGUUUCUUAAAAGAACCAGUGUUAUGGUGGAAACUGCUGAUUUUGGGCCUGUAGAUGAUUUCAAGCUCUUCUUUCCUGACAAUCUCUUUACUCUUUUUAAUACUUGUGAGCAAACAAACCUAUUUGCUGAACAGUUCUUUGACAAUCCAGUAGAUUGUAGUGAACAUAGUGAGCUCGUAUUAAUAAUUUUCAGCAUUUGUUCAUUAAUUUUUUUUUCAGAUAUUGGUGCCAAGGAAGUGCCGCCCUUAAAAACUGCUGUUGUUAUGACAACCAAGGCUGUCAUGUGACAAAUCAUGUGACUAAUUAGGUCAAGCAUCACAUGUGAUGAUGCCUUCUUUAAUUUUCGUUGACAAUUGAAAAUGUCAUGACGAUAUUUAAAAUAGAAGAGGAGAAGUCAGAUUACCAGAAAGGGGUUCAAAAUGGAAAUAAUCCAGAAAUCAACAGUAGUACUUAGCGUUGCCAUUGACCAGAAAUGUCACUGCUGUUCUAAAAAUCUUGAUUUUACCAUUUGAUCGCUUUGUUUAGGGUCUGCUUGUGUGGUUUUCCUUAAAUAUUCAUUAAAUUUAAAUAUGUCUUGUAUAAGAACGGCAGCAGGAAAUCACCAUGCUUAAAGAUAAUUCUCUGCUAUGUCACUGCGUUCCGCCGCAGAGAAAACGUUUAAGUUCUAAUCAGCAGAAAGGCAACAACACGUUGAAAUAGGAAGGACACGACCAGUUGUGUUUAUCGGGAACGAGAAAAAGCUAACGUACAAGAAAUAAAGUAGAGGCGGAGAAAAACGAAUUACAUCACUGUAAACUACGAGACUAAACGUAAACAGCAUACUAGAAAAAUUAAGCUCGGCAAGAUGCGAGCGGUAAAACUGGCUGUGUCGAGUGACUAACGCGAGAGGCGACUAGGCUUAAAUACCGAGAUGUGACGUAAAAUCCCUAGAGGAUCAAACUGCGGCUAUAAAUGCAAAUUCUGAACAUAAACACAUUUCUCUGCUAUGUCACUGCGUUCCGCCGCAGAGAAAACGUUUAAGUUCUAAUCAGCAGAAAGGCAACAACACGUUGAAAUAGGAAGGACACGACCAGUUGUGUCGAGAAAAACAAAGAACGAGAGCGAGCGCGCGUAACUCAGAGACCUAUGCGCGAAGUAGCAAGAAGCUGACGUCGGAGAUUUUCACGGCAAUAUAAAUCCUUGGCAGAGUCAGAUUUCCACCUGCCGUGGUUUUUAAUGACGUGAUCGGGAACUCCGCUAUUAAGCGCAGCCGAAGCGCCCCCUAUCCUAAGCGAGUGCAAACCUAUCCCCGACGUAUCAACACCGAUGGCCCGAAACUUAGCCAAAACGACUUCCCUCGCCCUGGUGUAAGACAAACUCGUAUCGGAACGAAGGGAAUGUCACUGGCCAUGGACAUGAUUUGUAUAUCAAAAAUAGCGAUCAAUUUUUAUCCAUCCAUAUAAAUAAGAGCAAGUGGAAUCAUUUCUCACUAUAGCGGACAACUUCGAACUGGGACUUCGUCGUAUAAGUUGACUUUAUUUAUUAUUCAUCCAAAAUAUUUUCCCCAAUUCUGAUUCGCUAAAUCCACACGCAUAAUUCACCAUAACCAGUUACUGAUGACCAAAUUUGGAAGAAUUCUGUGUUUAACUAGGAAAUGACGUCAAAAAUGCAGCCGUCUGCAAGUUAAUGCACCAUUAAUAGAGAACACCUGGGGACUAGAUUGAGUUGUUUUUGUUGUAAAAACUAAAAUGGCAGACACUUCACUCGUUUCAAGAGUAAGAACUACAGCUGGAACUAGGCGAAAUAAUGGCUAAAAACAUAGCAAAAAUAAUCUGUUACAGCUGAUUCUUAAGUCGCGGCACAAACCGAUUAAUAAAAUGGAUUUACAACAGAGAUAAGAAUUGCUCUUACUGAAAAGAAUACAACAACUUAAUAACAGCCUGUAAACCAUUAAGCUAAAACGUAUGUCAUGUUAGGCCCCUUUCAAACGGGGAAUUUCGUAUGAGUGCCGAACACCUAUUUUAGUCGAUGAAAGUAAUUAAAAACGGUAGUUGAUUCAGAUGUUGGAUAUGAUAAUGCCGAAUUUAACUCCGUUCGUUGUAAAUAUUCCCAGUCUGUAGGGAAUUUUUUUAUCCAAUAUGGAUAAAGGUUUCUAUAAUUAAUGCAUUAUAUUUGGCACAUGUGAAAUGCUACGAUUGAGCUGGGUAAUGAUAACAGUGUCCAUUAUUACUAAAAUACCGGUAGAUACGCUAUGAUACAUACUACAGUUUUUAUGUUCCUGCAAACUUUGUGUUCAAUUUACCACAUUAUGUUACUAGCUAUAUACACCACACAGGUAAAAAAGAGAGUAAAAUAGAGAUUUCGAAAAAAAGAAAAAAAUAACGUUACGAAAAAUUGACUGCAAGGGGAUUUGAACCCGGACCCUCUGGGUCAGUAACAAUUACACGUUCACGCCUCUGUCCACUGGACCAUCGCGGUAAACUCUUACAGACUUGAUUGACAGUUUUCAAAGAUGACUUUUCGUUUUUUUUUUAAUUUCCGUGUCGAAUUAAAACUUUCACCGACCGAAGCUAGACGUAAUAAGCCUAUUAACACUUUUUCAGGCUUGGUACUUGCCGGGGAACGUUUAAGAAAUUUAUUGAAUAUCAAUCGCGCGGCUACCGACUGAACCGUAUGAUCGUACGAUACUCUCCCUACUUGUAAGGUGUCCUUUCGUCGAUCGGGGAAAACAUCAACACAAUAUUGUCCAUCAUUAUUUCCAUUGCUUUAAGUAAGGGUAGAAAACCAUUUGGCUUUUAGGAUUAGAAGAGCUGCUACAUGACUUCUCUCCCUGGAAUGAUGAAAAACAAUAUGGCCGCCUUUUAAUUUUUAAAGUUCUCCUUGAUUAAAAGACGUUGAACAUUCAUUUCGGCAAACAAACAGUUAAGUUGAAAAAUAUUUUUACAAAAGUCUAAAAAGAAGGUCUUCUUUUCGAUUUUAAUUUGCAAUAUCGGUCAAUUUAUGCAACUUUUAAAUUUCUGGCUCAGUUUUCGCUUGCUUCCAGUUCGAAAAUGGAAUAAUAAUUACUCAGGGGUAAUACAGUGUAAAGAUUUGUAGAGAAAAACAACAAAAACUUGCCAAUAUAUGGCGAAAAUGUACUUCAGAAAGAAACUAAAAUAUUCAAAACGCUCUGAUCACGUGACUGGUGACGUCAUGUCCCUCUUUUGGUAAAGAGAAAAAUUAUCAGGUAGAACAUUACUUUCCUGCAAAUUUUCUCUGCCGUGUGAUGAAACGUCAAUUCUCUACAGCCAUCGGCCUAGUCUCCCGACUUAUUCGCUCAUGUUCAUUACCCCCUUAAAUUUUAAAUGCCUGACGUAAACUGGUUGUUUUUAAAUGCCUCGCACUACCAAAACCUCAAAAAUUAACUCGAUAAUGAAAUCUUGUCACAGCAACAAUAAAAAAAUCCGGAAAUAGUCACGUGACAGAUGAUGUCAUCACCUUGUAUGUGAUAUGGGAAGAUAUUUUAUGGCAAGUGUUAUCUUGUUGUGGUCUGACAUUCUUCUACGUAUAAAAUUGUCAAAGCUAUAAAGCUUUUAAAAAAAUUGCCUCAAAGGAUUCUGGGAUAAUUUUAUGAUAAAUAUAACUUACUUUUAUAAUUAUUAUUGCUUUUAUUAUUGCUAUCAUCAUCAUCAUCAUCGUCGUCGUCAUUAUUAUUAUCAUUAUUAUUAUUCAACAAUAUUAACUGAGCCUGAGGUGAAUAAUUGUUUUAGUAUAUUCACACGAAGUGAUCUCAACAGAAUCAGAUAGGAAACCAUUAAAAAACGAUUAGUUUGAUUGACGGGUGAAUUCAUGCGUGAACACGAAGCCGUAAACAGUGGAUGCGCAAAAUUUAGCUCCUUACAGUAUCUUCAAACAUGGCAAAUGAUAGUUUUAAUCUUUUUGUGUAGAGUUUUGUAAGCUUUAGCAUCAAUGGUUUAAAAGAAAACGCCGAAAAUUUAAAUUACUACCCAAUUCUGAGAAGAAAAGUAGAGCUUUAUUUGUUUCUGUCAACUUACUGUGAAUGAGAAAGUUUUCUUCCUCUCUUCUUGCAAAUGCCUUCAACAGCGGCUACGGUCAAGGUGAGCGUUGUUUAUCUCCAAAGUUCUUUGCUUUGUUAACUUCCUGGCACGUACAAUUUUCGAAAAUAUUUGCCUUCCUCUUUUCUCCAUAAAUUAACUUCUAUUUAUAAGCAAAAUUGGUCUUGCGAAAAGAAAACAGUGACAAAGCGACAUCGUUUUCCUCUGUAGUGGUAAACAUGGCUUCGAGCGUACAAAAAGUCAGCUACGGUAAACCACUUCACAAUAAAACACGCUGUUUAAACACCAUGAAGUCUUUUCUUGCCUUCAAAGUCAUCAGCACUUGGAUAUUCGUGUAUUUUCAAAAAGGCUUUACUAUGAAACUUUGGGAAAACACCCAGUUCACGACAGCGAUUUUGUUCUGCUAUAUAUUCACCGUCUAGCGCGGUGAAUGUAACGUCAUUGUCCGAGAUAUAUAACCAAUCAGAUUGCUUGAAUUACCAAGAUCACUGAAUGUGUAUAUACUAAUAUCAUUUAGUACAUUUUUAGGGUGCCAACGGCUGAAAACUUCUAAUGAGAAGAUUAAAAGUGCAAAUGUCCCCCUGUGUAACAACUUUACAUGCUUUAUUUCUCUCUAGCUCCUGGUCGUGCUCCUAGAAAUAUAACGUUCUCUGAAGUACGAGAAACGCAGUUCAAGGUUACUUGGAAUACUCUUCCUCAGCAGUUUCACAAUGGCCGAUUGUUGGGCUAUAGAGUUUACUUCAGAAGGAGCGCCUAUUAUCCAUAUCCAUUUAAUACAAGUGGUGUGGUCACCAGCAGUCCUAAUGUGACUUUAGCGUUGAUAACAGGGCUAGGACCGGCUCAGCGAUAUGAUGUUUCUGUGGCGGCGUUUACAGCCAAGGGCGAAGGGCCGCGUUCUUCUCGUUACUAUGUUACAACAGGUAAAAUAUUAUGAAAACUGAUAAUUUUGAUGUUGAGAUAACGUUUUAUUCCGCAACAGUGGCUGCAUACAUCAAAAGAGAGUGUAAGAAAAAAAAAAAAAAAAGAAUGCAAAGUAAACGAAAAAGAAAGACAUUGGUACUCCCCCAAAACUUCACAUGAUCUCCCGCCCCUUUGGGUUCCCAAAGAGUGUACACACUUCAAACAAAGGCCUUUUUCCCUACUCGGUAACCAUCUGCUGUUAUAUAUACAUUUGAGCAGCGAUAAUGAAUCAUAAAAUGAUCAAUUCUGCUAUAAACCAUGCAGAAUUAAUAGAGCUCUGUAUUGUAUCUUACAUGUAGGUGAUAAAGGUCCGUACUGGACCUUUUUGGGAUUUUGUCUAUUCGUGUCCGUUGCGAAAAUGUUGAAAUGUUUAGACAUGGCAUGCUCUCAACAAUUUUGGCAUUCCUUCUACAAAUUAAUGUCAGUCGGGAUAAAGUUCAAGAUCGAAGGCGAUAUAACAGAGCGUUAUUUAACGAAAAAUGAUACUAAAUUUUGACGUUGGUGUCGGUUAAAAGUAAAAAACGUCUUUGUUUACUUGCCGUCCAAUAAAAUAUUCAAGAAGAUCCUUGCAUACACAUAAAUAAUAAUUCGUACACACAAUAACCAAAACUAUAAAAUUAAUAAUCGUUAUGGCGACCUAACCAAAGUAGUCCACUCUCGUUUUUAAAUUUUCAUGUGAAUACAUUGACAUACAUUGACAUAUUGAUAUGGGAUCAAUUAAUUAAGUUCCCUGAAAUUUGAAAAUAAGCAAUACAUACAAUUGUUCUCCUCUCUAGUGGUUGUGAAAUAUUAUUCACUUUAGAUGAGAGAGUAACCUUGUAAAAGUGUAUCCCCAGUGCUUUUAUCCAGCGCUAAAAGCGCGAACUCUUAGGAAUAGUCUUCAACAUUAUCUCACUAUUGGUAUUUUGUUUCCUAAUCGUCGAGUCUUAACAGCUUGCAGGGUAGCGGUCAAUCAAUCAUAUGGUGCUAUAAGUGUGACACAUUCCGAUUACACAAGUCUAUACUGCUUCUGGUCAAUCGGGAAUGCCGAGAUCCCUCAGGCAAUUGGUCUCUUUCUAAUCCAGGAGAUCAACUUCGGUUACUGCAGGUAUUCAUUUUUAUUGUUACUUUACUAAACCCGAUGCGACUCAAUGCCAGUGUUGGGGACCAUAUUAAUCAUGAUUGAAUUCUGGACGGAAGGAAACACUUUUAAGCGGUUUAAAAACCUUGGUUAAUUGCAAGACCUUAUAAGUUUGGCUAGUAGUACAGCCUUUACUGUUGUUAUUCAGUUUGAGUUGCUUUUAAUAUGUGCUGAAUUGGACUAAGAGAUAAGUAAGAAGAGCAGUAAAACGGGACAAGAAAGUUCAUAGAUUAUCUCUUUCGAGUGCUUGUCCGUGAACAACACACUUUCAUAUCUUGUAAAGGAAAUGAGCAGGAAUAAAUUCUGUUAACGACCUGAUACAUAUUCUGUCACGUAGAUAUUACAACCGUGAAUAUUUCAAGAUUUUUGACGGCAAUGAGGCUCUGAAAUUUCACCAAAGCGGCUGCUCCUCCCACUCUGUUCGUGGAUCAUUGGUAGAGGUUCCAUUCUUUUACUCGAACAACAUAACAGCACGUUUCUACUUGCGUCGAUUGAGAAGUGCUAUCAAGGCUGAUUACCUGAUACUGGGGAAAAGCCUUCAUGCAGGUAAACCCCAAAAUCGAUCAAUUGCAUGUCAAAACCUCAUCAAUUCCACUUACUUUGGCUUCAUUGCCUUUAAAGCCCUUAUAGUAUGCGGAGCCAACUUCUCUUCGAAAUGACAGGGUCAGUCGGUCAAUUCUCACUUUUGUUAAGGGUCCUGACAUAAUACAUCACUUAAAAGCAGGAAAAAAGAGAGUUUCUCAUGCGGUAACUAUACAUAUUUUGAGGAAAGAUUACAGCAACUUCAUCAUAUAUACUGUCUGUUUUACCUUCUUAUUUCUUAAAAUAUGGUUUGACGCUAGUUUCCCGUAGGCAGUAGUUUCCCUUUAGUUCAAUUUGAUGCUUAUUUGGCCAAGUAGACUUUGACUUUUAAGCAUUUUUCUACCUCUUUUUCUCGUUGUGAAUAAUUACCACCUCUUAAGCUACGUACAACUUUUGACCGAUUUCAAACUUUGCGCAACAACUGCCAUUAACACGCAACAACAUGCAACACAGGGUUUGCAAACGGACGCACCAUGUAACAUUCAACAAUGUUGGAAGUUGUUGGACAACAACGUUGCGUCUGUUUGCAAGGAGCUUUAGGUGACAAUUUGUUUGAUUAUUAAUUUGGUUAAUUAUUUCGUAUAUUUAGCUCAAGUGCUUUAUGGCUGGAAUUUAACAGUGGUGAAAACCACCUUUUCAAGCAUAUUGAUUCGGUGGGCUAACCUUACCAGCCUUCUCAACCGUAAAGUUGGUCAGUACGUUGUCUUCUUAAACAGAAGAAAUAACAGCGUAGCAUUCCAUCAGGUUGUCAAUGGGGAUCAAUUAACAACGGAAAUCAAAGGACUCACUCAUUUAACAAAUUAUACAGUGGAAGUCGUUGGGAUUGACACUCUGCGGAAGCCAUACAAAACUCCAUCAGAAGCAAUCAUGACGGCAAACCGUAAGAGUAAGUACUUUAAGCAGGGCACCGUAAGUGAGGAAACGCCGCGAUUUUUCUAUAUACAUGGCUAUAUAUGGUAAUACAUAGCAGUACAUGGUAAUACAUGGCUAUAUAUGGUAGUAAAUAGCAGUACAUGGUAAUACAUUGUUGUUCAUGGUAAUACAUG